AUGGCCCGCCAGUAUACCCUGGAGAGCCGUAAAUUAGACUUAGAGAUGUUUAAGGCAGAGAAUGAGCGGAUGCGUCUCAUGCAGAGACCCAAUCAGGAACAUUAUCCUCAUUUUCAGGAUGCAAUUAAAUUUGUUCCUAAAUUUAAUGAAACCGAGCCAGAGUAUUUCUUCAUUCAUUUUGAGCGUGUAGCUGCCUUGCAUAGUUGGCCCGAAGAUAAGUGGGUAUUACUUGUACACAGCGCAUUUGUUGGCAGGGCACAAGAGGUUUUCUCAGCUCUGGAUUUGGUACAGUCACAGAAUUAUCAUCUUGUAAAAGAGGCUGUGUUAAAUGUUUAUAAAAGGGUACCCGAGGCUUAUAGACAGGAUUUCCGUAAUUACCGUAAAGAUGGUAAACAAAGCUUUGUUGAAUUUAUCCGCCAAAAGCAACUAUUGUGUAAAAAAAGGGUCGAGAGUGAACUUGAUGCACUAGAGUACGAUAAAUUGCUAGAAUUGUUUAUACUCGAGGAUAUAAAGAAGUGUAUGCCUGUAAAAGUUCGCUCUCACAUUGACGAGCGUGGUCUGCGCACAUUAGCCGAGGUCGGUAGUGCCGCCGAUCAUUUCGCUCUCACUAAUCCGAACUACUCUUGCAGAUCUAAUGAACCUUCAUUCCAGUCUAACCAGAAUAGUGGUAAGAGGAUGGAGUAUAGUGCCAGAAGGACUGAACUGCCAGAUACCUACAGGACUGUUAAUGCUAAGUCGUCCGAAACAGGUGGUGAGAGUAGGAAUUUUGCUUCACGCGGAUUUAUUAGUGCCGAUGAAUCGUGCACGUCUUCAUCCCCGGUCACUAUACUACGGGACUCGGCUGCAGAUAUAUCAUUGGUGCUCAAAGAGGCUGUUCCUAACCCUGACUGUUACACUGGAGAGAUGGUAAUUAUUAAUGGACUGAUAUGGUCCAAGAACAUACCCAUUUGUGAAGUUUACCUUAAAUCUGAAUUGAUAUCUGAUUAUGUAAGAUUAGGUGUUGUUGAUAAGAUACCAAGUGAUAGCAUUUCACUUAUUAUGGGUAAUGAUCUAGUUGGUGAUAAGGUGUGGCCUUGCCCUGUUGUUUCACCUUCUCCCACUAAGGAGAACAAUACAGUAGAUUUAGAGAGGGAAUAUCCUGAUCUCUUCCCUGCGUGUGCUGUCACCCGCAGUGCAAGUCGUAUGACCUCCCAUCCUACCAAAGCACUUACUCCUGGUAGUACAUUAACAGAGGAGAGCCCAAGUGAAGUAAUUACAUAUGAUUUCACACUAGCAGACUUCUUUAAUUCAUCUGCUAAAGUUUUAAGUCAGCCUGCAUCUGAUAAUCCUGAUAUAGUGAAUUUCAAAGGCACUCCAAUUACUAAAGAGAAGCUUAUUGACGAGCAACAUAAUGAUCCUGAAUUUAAAGCAUUUUAUGAUAGGCUUACUGACGUAAGUGAUCUAGAAACUUCUUAUGUGUGCUAUUAUCUCCAGUCAGGCGUUCUUAUGCGUAAAUAUAAGCCCUAUAAUAUAUCUGCAGACGAUACAAGAAAGACCGUACAUCAGAUUGUAAUUCCUAAGUUCCUUCGUACUGACGUUUUAAAUAUUGCACAUGACCUUAGUGGUCAUUUGGGUGUCAGGAAGACUUAUUACAAGAUUUUAGCUCACUUUUAUUGGCCGAAAAUGAAAAUAGAUGUUAGUCGUUAUUGUCAGUCGUGCCAUAUUUGCCAAGUAAAAGGUAAGCCAGGAGCUGGCAUCAAACCAUAUCCUUUGCAACCUAUCCCAGUGUUAAAAGAGCCUUUCAGUAAGAUAGUUAUUGACUGUGUAGGUCCCCUUCCAAAGACAAAAAGGGGUAACAAGUUUUUGUUAACUAUAAUUGACGUGGCCACCCGAUAUCCUGAAGCUUUUCCCCUCAGACGCAUUACUACUAAGAAUGUUGUGAAGGCCUUAAUAAAGUUUUUCACUCAGGCAAGUAAACAUCCGGGAAAUGAUGCUUUGACACAAUGCACUAACGAAAAUGGAAAUCAAAAUACAGUAGAUAUCAGCUUACAACACAGUGAUACAUCUAGUCAGUUAACUGUGGAUAUAACAUCUGCUUCUACGUUUGACGAAUGUGGAAUCACUCGCCAAUGUGUAGAUAUCAGAAUUUAUUAG